GCAGCAGACGCUCAAUAUCGCUCUCAUUGUGUGGAAUGCAGAAGCAGGACCAGGAGCAUAGGCUCCAGUUAUGCUUCAGCUCGGGGAAGAUAAAUCUCUGUGUGCCGCUUCUUGCUGAUUUCCUCCCCAAGAGUUCAUUUUUAUUCCCCUUCUUUGUUUUUCAAGACGGUAAAGGACAUCUAGUCCUGCACAGGUUUUUUCUCCUGGGACUUUAAAAGAUGGCUUUUAUAGACUAAAAUGACAUGCUUUUUUUGGUUUUGAGAUGAGGAGAGAGAGGGAGCGUAUGGCCGUGUCACCCCGUGAAUAUUUGCUGCAGCUGCUGGUGAGCUGCUCGCCAAGGAGCCACUGAAUAUGUGGUCACUCUGAGCUGAACGGGGAGGCAGUGAAUGGAUUUUCUUACGAUGAUUCUCUGCUUCUGACAAUGUUCCAAAUCCAUGUUCCGCACCGGAUCCCGUUCAUUAACAGGAUUGUCCUUUUUUAUGCUGAGGGAUUUUGGAAUUGUUUUUGCUCCCGAAGUGGAGGCUCACAGUGCAUACUUAAAUGACGGAUCCAUGUAUUAACAAGCACUUUUGGCUGUAAAAAUGCUGAGCGGUGUCCUCUUUCUGAGCGUCCUCACGGUCACCAGCCUGUCGCCAUCUGAGACGGAGAGCCGCAAAACUUCAGUCUCCAAAGAUAUCUGCAAGGUCCGGUGCGCCUGCGACGAGAGAGAGAACGUUUUGAAUAUUAACUGUGAGAAUAAAGGAUUUACCACUGUCAGCCAGUUCCAGGCACCCCCAAAUAAGAUCUCACAUCUUUUUCUAAAUGGGAACUUCCUGUCUCGUAUUAGUGCGAAUGAAUUUGUCAAUUAUGGCAAUGUCACCUCUCUGCAUCUAGGUAAUAAUGGAUUACAGGAGAUCAGAAACAACGCUUUUCAGGGUCUCCGCUUAUUGAAGAGGUUGCACUUGAACAACAACAACCUGGAGGGGAUAAAGGAGGACACAUUCGCAGGACUUGAGAGUAUGGAGUAUUUACAGGCAGAUUAUAAUUAUAUCAGCACCAUUGAACCGGGCGCUUUUAGUAAACUGAACAAGCUUAAAGUGUUGAUCCUCAAUGAUAACCUCCUGUUGUCUUUGCCUCCCAACAUUUUCCGCUUUGUGCUCCUUACCCAUUUGGAUUUACGUGGCAACAGGCUCAAGACUUUGCCCUUUGCAGGGGUAUUGGAGCACAUUGGCGGAAUCAUGGAGAUCCAGCUGGAAGAAAACCCAUGGAAUUGUACUUGUGAUCUGAUUCCUCUAAAGUCCUGGUUGGACACUAUUUCUGUCUUUGUGGGGGACAUAGUAUGUGAGACGCCAUUCAGGCUGCACGGUAAAGACAUCACCCAGCUCAUAAAGCAAGAUCUGUGCCCGCGCAGAAAUGCUGGUGAGCGUGCACAACCUGCCUCUGACUCUCACUUUCAUGGGGCGCUGCCUGCAACACACCUCCCUGGCAUGAUCGCCCCAACCCGCAUCCCUAAAGCAUCACGGCCACCUAAAAUGCGAUACAGACCCACUCCUCGCAUCACAAAGGACAAACAUGUCUUUGGGCCUAUCAUGGUUUACCAGACACGCUCCCCUGUGCCUAUUUUGUGUCCUAGUGUGUGUGUGUGCACAUCACAAAACCCAGACAGUGGUCUUAACAUCAACUGUCAAGAGCGGAAGUUGCAUAACAUAAGUGAGUUGAGCCCCAAGCCCUCCUACCCAAAGAAACUGUACCUGACCGGUAAUUACCUUCAAGUGAUCUACAAAACUGAUCUAACGGAGUACAGUCUUCUGGAACUGCUUCAUUUAGGAAAUAACAGGAUUGCAGUGAUUCAGGAUGGUGCAUUUGAGAAUCUGACAAAUCUGAGGCGUCUCUAUCUGAAUGGGAAUUACAUUGAGUCACUUUCACAAUCACUUUUUGCUGGCCUGCAAUCACUCCAGUAUCUCUAUUUGGAAUAUAAUGUAAUCAAAGACAUUUUACCACAGACAUUCAACGCUUUACAUAACCUUCAGCUGCUUUUCCUCAACAAUAAUCUGCUAAAAUCACUGCCUGACAAUGUUUUCGGGGGCACCAUGCUAACGAGACUCAAUUUACGGAAUAAUCAUUUCUCAUAUCUCCCAGUUAAGGGUGUACUUGACCAGUUAUCUGCAUUUAUCCAGAUUGACCUACAGGAGAACCCCUGGGACUGCACCUGUCAUAUUGUGGCACUCAAAAACUGGAUGGAGCUGUCCAGUACCAGUGUAGUGGUUAAUGAAAUCACUUGUGACUCACCCUCUAAGCAUGCGGGUCGCCUGCUGCGCUCACUGCGCAAUGAGGCCAUCUGUCCUGAGCCAAGCGAGGAGCCCCCGCCUCAAAAUGCCCCCCCAACCAAAGCCCCUACAUUAGUGAGUUCUAGCACUGAGUCACCAACACCUUCUUCUUCGUCUUCUUUCAGCUCAGUCAGCCCCACUGAAUCCCGAAUCCAAACCCCUGAGUUACAUCCAGAAGUCCCACUUUCAGUUCUAAUUCUAGGGCUUCUUAUUGUUUUCAUUCUGUCUGUCUGUUUUGGAGCAGGGCUCUUUGUUUUUGUUCUAAAACGACGCAAAGGGGUGGAACAUGUCCCAACAGGCUCUAACAAUAUAGAUCUUAACUCGUUCCAAGUGCAGUAUGGCUCCUACAAUCCUGAACCAACCCAAGAUAAAAAUUCUGAAACUCAUGUAUAUAACUACACCCCCCCACCUGUGGGUACAAUGUGCCAAAACCCAAUUUACAUACAGAAAGAUGGCGAGCAGGUGGCGUAUUACCGAAACCUAAAGGAGCUAAGCUUUGGGCCACUGAAUGCAAAGAAGGAUGAUAUUUUCACACGUACCCCAGGAGCUUAUACCAUCAGUGCAGUGGAUUUUAUGGAUAAAUCGCCAACAUCGCCUCCUGAGAUGUUAUAUCAAAAUAUAGGGGAGAGGCCCAACAAGGAGCUUCCCACAGCUGCUGGCACCUCUCCUUUCAGUUACAAUUUCUGCACUUUACCCAAAAGACCUUGCAUCGUGCCCCCUUACGAGGCUGCCACAGCCCCGCGACAUGUCACCAACCAGGACAGGUCGAACAAAACUGUGCUGUAUGGAACCCCUAGGAAAUGCUUUGGGGUGGAGCUCCCUUCCAAAAACAGUGAGCACCAAUUUCUUCUUCACGCAAAGCUAAAAACUGAACCGGACUAUCUGGAAGUUCUGGAGAAACAGACUGCUAUGAGCCAGCUGUAAGAUAAUGAUGAGCUAUUAUCGUCCCAACCUCCAGCCCCCUCUGCUCCCAAGGUUCUUUGCAGCAUUCAAAAUGACUAUAAAGUGUCAAACAGUAACUGUUGUAAUAGCUCACUAUAUUGCUAUCUUAUUUCUGUGUGAAGAUGAUUGACAGAAAAAACAAAUUUUUUUAUCUCUUACAUUUCUUCUAUUUUCUUUCCAAUAUGUAUACAAGGAUUAUGAGAAGUAUAUUAUAAUGCUGUUUUAUUUUUUUCUUCUUCCUAGAAAGUAUAAAUUAUUCCAUCUAUUUCCCAAAAGAAAAUCCCUAUAGCCAUGGAUGAUGGCAAGACUGUGUAUAAAUAUGACCAUGUGUGUUUCUUUGAUAAAAUUGAAUUUUAUUUUCUUGAGACAAAGAAAAAUAUGAAUUGAUGGGUGUUUGCAGAUGAGGGAAAGCUCCAGAAUGACAUUCCAGUAUAUACAUACAGUCCACAUAUAAAUGGUGAGUGUAAAACCAUCACAAAUAACCUCCUGAAAUGUACUGAGCAAACUCUUACUACAUUUACUCCAUGAAGUGCCUUUGCACUCAGUUGUUUUGUCAUUGAUGCUUUCUGCAGAUUGAUUUUUAUCUGGGAAUUGUAUUUUAAGGAAUCAAAUCGUUAUGUAAAUUAAAAAAUAUAUAUAUAUUUGUCAGUGGAAAAAAAAGCAAAGAUAAAUGUACUUGAAAAUGGGUGUGGCAUUCUAGCACUUUUGAUGGAAAGAAAUGUGUUUUGCUUUCAGUAUUGUCUUUGGCAAUGUACAACUUUGAAAGAAACAUUGUGUGCUAUAAGGGAGCAUCAUAGAGCGGUACAGUUGCACCAUUAAAUUUUCACUGAGGCACUUUGUCAAGA